UGUUAAAUCCAUGCUACGGUCACGCUGAGUCACGCUUGCUUCGAAAUAAUUUUGUUUAGUGUUUUGUUGAGUGCGAAUUAUUAAUUUUUAAUCAAAUAAAUACUAUUUUACUGGCAAUAUGUCUACGCUUACACGCUGCGCCUUUCUGCUGCUAACACUGGCUGUUUGCGGCAGUUGGGCCAUACGUUGCUAUCAGUGCUCCUCCGACCAAGAUCGUAAGGGUCAUGACAGUUGUGGCGCCUACAAGCGUUUUAAUCGCACUGAGCACAUUGCCAUCGAAUGCAAUAGCGAUGAAUCUCACAUGCCUGGCUCCUUCUGCAUGAAGGUUGUGCAGCAGGGACCACGAGGCUUCAUCUGGGAUGGACGCUGGCGUCAAGUAAUACGCCGUUGCGCCUCCGUUUCAGAGACGGGCGUCACAGGCGUGUGCAAUUGGGGCGUCUACGAGAACGGCGUUUACUGGGAGGAGUGUUAUUGCUCCAAUGACAGCUGCAAUGGCUCUGGUCUGACCACGUUGGAUAAAUCACUACAGUUAUUACUGGGAUUCGCUCUGAUGGCCGCCACUGCUAGCUUUAUGCGCAGCUAGAAAUGUUUGCAUUUCAUCGGAGAAACAGAAAUUACAAAAGAAAAGUGCCUUUAAACAUCGCCUCACUAGCUGUUGGAAGCUCAAACGAAUCUAGCAUAAUCUCUAUGUAUAAGUGACUCGAAUUCCAUUCAACAUUCCGUCCACAUUUAUGUGUUUAUUUUUAAGUCAAAAGUUUUUACACCGAAUCUCGCAAUAUCAUUUUUGUACCACGAAAUAUAGACAAUAGUUUAAAAUCGGCUACCAAA